AUGUCUUCGGUGGUGGACGUCCCAGCAGACGUGAUCUUCCGUGAGGAUUGGAACCACGUGGCAGAUUACCCGAAAUGGAAUCCCAACCUCAUCCACACUGAAGUCAUCCUCGACAUCACCCCGAGAUGCCGCUUGUCGUACCAAGUGUCGGCGCCGCUGGGGAACGGCCUGAUCUGGAGCAGGGACGCCGUGAUCGUCACGUACUGGGGCAAUGAGGGCAACGCCACGCACAUCGCUUUCGCCAGCUCCACCUGGCCCGCGUUUCCUCCGUCCGAUCGAUACGUCAGGGCGACGGUCUAUCCCCAAGGCUUCACCCACACCCCGCUGCCUGGUGAUCCCGAGAGGACGUUCGUCCAGUGGGUCUACCACGUGGACGUCCAUCUGGCUUUAGUCCCUGCGCGGGUGCUCGACCUCAUCCUCCCGAAGGCCUGCCGGGACAACUUCGUUCAUUUCAUUGAGCACGCGAAAGGGUUGAGGCGGGCAUCAGAGAAAGUGUGA